AUGUCUUAACAAAGAAGAGCGAAUAGUUAACAGAAAAUGUAAUAGAACAUUACUUAAUCAAUCAACAAUUUGAAGACUUAAUUAUAAUAAUAGAGAUAACAUAGAUGGUCAGAAUAAAAGAUGAAUAAAGAACUAUUUGAUUUUUUAACAUAAAUAAAUUUGCAGUAAUUUUAUGGAAAGAUAGCGUAGCAUUGCGAUGAUAAUUUAUAGUAACUUAUUGAGAUGAAAUCAUUUAAAGAUAUAAAGGAUUUACCAUUUGGAUAUCAGAUUAAAUUAUAGAAAGCGAUUGAGAAGAUGGCUAAAGAACCAACAAAUAAAACACCAAAAAUAGAAUAGAACUUGCAAAAUGAUUAAAAAGAAUGUUGUUGGAUUUGCUUUUAAUUGAUCUUUGAAAGCAUAGAUUGCUAUGGGAGAAAGGUAUGCUCUGAAAAAUGCAAAUAAUUGUAUUUGAAGGAUAUAUAGGUAAAUUGUAAGAGAUGUGGAAAAGUGAAAACCAAAUAUGAUGCAAUCAAUUCGUAUGGAGAAUGGUAUUGUUAGUAGGAAUGCAUUUAUACUGAGGAAGAAAUAAUGUUAUUGUUGAUGAAAUCAAGUUAACUUAAACAAUGA